AUGCAAAACGAUGACCACUAUUACACACCAGAUAUACCAAAUUCCGUGCAGAGUUCAGCGCCGGAAUGGGACGGGCUGGACGUUGAGUUCUACGACUUGGCUCAGUUCGGGUCGUCUGCUCAUGGCUGGCAGAACAACGAAAGAGUGCUGUUCCUGGUUCCCUUGAGAGAUGCGUCUGCUCAUCUGCCAAUGUUCUUUGGACACCUCAGGAACAUGACAUAUCCGCACCAUUUGAUAGAUUUGGCGUUUCUGAUCUCUGACACCACUGAUAGUACGCUGGAGGACCUGGAGCAUCACCUGGAAGAGGUGCAGUCUGCUCCCGGCCUGGCGUUUGGACGUGUUGAGAUCUACGAGAAGGACUUUGGACAGAUUGUCGGGCAGAGCUUCAGCGACCGUCACGGCUUUGAAGCACAGGGACCAAGACGUAAGAAGAUGGCGAUUGCAAGAAACUGGCUGCUGACCACUGCCUUGAAACCUGACCAUUCUUGGGUGUAUUGGAGGGACAUUGACGUGGAAACUGCGCCUGCCACGAUCCUCGAAGAUUUGAUGCACCAUGACAAAGACGUCAUAGUGCCAAACAUCUGGAGACCUCUUCCAGAAUGGUUGAACAACGAACAACCAUACGAUCUGAACUCGUGGCAAGAGAGUGAAGGAGGGAUAGAGCUGGCAGAACGCCUGGAUGAGGAUGCGGUCAUCGUGGAAGGGUAUCCUGAAUAUGCCACUUGGAGACCACAUCUGGCCUAUCUCAGGGAUCCAGACGGUGAUCCAGAAGUUGAGAUCGAGUUGGACGGUAUCGGUGGUGUCUCCAUAUUGGCAAAGGCCUCUGUCUUCAGACACGGUGCGAUGUUCCCUGCUUUUUCCUUUAAGAAGCACGCCGAGACCGAAGCCUUCGGUAAGCUGUGCAAGACCAUGGGCUUCCAGGUUGUCGGAUUGCCUCACUAUGUCAUUUGGCACAUCUAUGAACCUUCGACGGCUGAUUUAAAACACAUGGAGUGGAUGGCAAGUGAAGAACUGAGACACCAGGAGAUGCUCAAGAACAAGGAGGCCUUUGACAGAGCUUGGGAGUUUGCAUUUGAAGAUGUCAAUGAAAAAUGGCACCAGGAGAAGUUUGACAUGUUCAAGAAUAAUGAUCUUUCCAAAUUGCAAAUAGGCCGUGUACACUGGGACGAGGUGGACGAAUACCUUGUUGAG